CCUUAAGGGCCCCAUACACUGAACGAUUGGCUGUAUCGUUCGCAAAAACAAAAACACUGUGUAUGGGAUUGUCUGAAAGAAAAAGUGGGCGAGGUAUCGUGGUUUGAACGAUCUCAGCAGGAAUCAGUCACGACCAGGUUGCUGCCUUGCGACGGAAGCCUGUUAUACACAGGUUGUUCAAUGUAUGUGUUUGUCUGCCAAUACGAUGCUAUCGCUCACGUCUCUUCUAGAUAUGAUGCCAUGUCUUCCCGAGACAAAAUCUGUGUUCAGAUUGAAAUCGGUGCGGAGAUCGUUCCUACUGCCUGAAUAGUGCGUGUGUGUGUGUCGUUAACGACAAUCGUUCAGACAGUCGUUCAUACAAUCCUUCAGUGUAUGGGCCCCAUAAGAAGCGUGACCUUGAGUCUUGAGCUUACCGGCAACAGGAUGGCAGAAGCCACCCCACCCCUCUAGUUACAACUCUUCUCGCUCUCGGUCUCAAGAAGGCUGGCGUGACCGUCAGACGAGAAAACCAAAAAGUUCACUAUUACCCUUCGGACGAUGAAUUAGAGAUAUGCUUCUUGAAGUGUUGGGAGGGCCAAAGCCCCUUUCAACAUGUCUGGUGCUUGUAACGAUGCUUCCAGUGGUCUCACACCCCAAAGAACCUAAAUAUGGAAGAGAAGAUAUCUAUUUUGGAAAGUUUUAUAAAGCAGCAACAAAUACGAGCAAGAAACUUUUAAAAGAUGUAUUUAUGAUUUUGUUUUAUAAGAGUCGUGUAUUAUCACUGGAGAACUGGCCAACAACUGUGGAAGAGUACUGUUUAAGUGUUUUAAAGUGGUCGAGAAAAAAGCUCAGAGAUACUUUCAAUGCAGAGGAAAGAACACUAAUUACUUACCCAGUGGAUUUAUUUGAAGGAGAUGUGUCACUGUUGAAUAAGACAAUAAUGAAACUUUUUGAGGAUGCUAACCUACCAAUCUCAUUUUUCAAUGCUCUUCGUGAACUCAAAAAUGUCAGAAACCGGGUAUGCCAUGAACAACUAGAUUUUACCAGUGAAUCAGUGCAGUCUAAUGUGGAGGAUCUGAAGCAUUUAUUCCGAAAGCUCCUAAAUGAAUUUAGAAAUGCUUGGGAUUAUGACACCUCGGAUUAUGAGUAUAAUUACUGUAAUGAAGUGGAUGAAAUCAUGGCCGCCCCCAUUACUGAGGAGGGCUUAAGUUAUUUUGAGAAAAUGGAAAAGUUUUGUGAAGACCUUAUGGGAAAAUUCAUAACAUAUGGGCGGAAGGAGCUUUUUGUUUUUUAUACCAAGCUCAAAGUCCUUAAUCCUUUCACGUGGCUCAAAGAUGAAAAGUUUCCGGAGUUGCAAGUAGAUAAGAUAUUUACACCACUGCACAUCAGUGAUGAAUGUAGAAUAAUUAAUAUUGAAAACUUGUUAGUGACUGAAGUAUUUGUUGAAGAGAACAAUGAAUAUAUAUGUAAGGGCGAAAUUCCCUCUGUUGUUAUGCUGACUGGUAUUGCCGGUUGUGGUAAAACUUCUCUAUGCAGAUACUUAUUACAUGAUUGGAGAAAUAAGCUUGACAAGGUGAUUAAUAUGAGAUCUGUUGAUAUUCUAAUUCUAGUAGAAGCUAGGAAUGUUGUAACUAGUUCUUUUGUAUCAUUCUUACAACAAGUGUUGUUGAAAGAAACUUGUAGUAACUUUGAGGAAAAGGAUAUAAUACCAACACUGCAGAAACUGAAUGUUCUUUAUCUCGUGGAUGGUGUAGAUGAGGCAACUGACAUUGGGCGAAAGUUACUGGAGGAAAUAUUUUCUGUACUCGGCACCUCAAGGUUAAUUUUAACCACCCGACCAGAAUUUACUUCAAGUAUUUCCGAGUCCAUUCACAGUCAUCAUCUCUCCUACAUAAAGUUGCAGAUUCAUGGCUUUGCUGAUGCUGGCGUUGCUAAAUUCACAUCCAAAAUAUUCCAUUCAUUGGAGACUGAUGAGAAACUGAGAAGGCAUCAGGAGGAGGAGUGCCUCAAGUUCCUAACAACUGCUGGGAUCCAUCUUGGUAGCCAUCUGAAAAUUCCUUUAACUGUAGCACUUUUGAUCAUCCUUUGGAGAGACGAAAGGUCUACAGUAACAAACAUUACAUCAGUGACCAAAUUGUACCUGGAGAUUUUCAAGAUGUGUUCCAUGAAAAUGCUUUCGCGUAUAAGGAAAUCCGCUUCAUCUCCUCAUCUUUUUCUGGAAGACUUUGUAGAAAAGUGGUUACUAGAACUUGGUCAACAGGCUUUUGAAAUGUUUAAGAAAGAUGAAUAUGUCAUUGACGACCGAAGACGGUGGAUUCUUACAUCUUUUUGUAAUAAACACAGUAUAGAUAGUAUUCAUGCUCUGUCUUCCUUCCUCAUAUGUGACGUUCAAGAGAGCUUACUCGGUCCCCAGUAUUUAUUUACUUUUAUUCACAAAAGUCAGAUGGAGUAUCUGGCGGGUAAGUAUUUUGCUCAUAUGUUGACAACAAAUUUUAAAAACUGCAAUUUUGAUGAUUCGGGAGUAACUGGAAAAAUCAAAAGGUUAAGUUCUUUUCUGCAUGAGACUGACUUGACACUUUCUGAAAUACUGAAAGUUAGGAAAAUGCUGAAUGUGUACUUCUUUACAAUUGGCCAUCUUUGUAUGCAAGACUUGAAAAUAGAUGAUAUUGUUUCCAUGGUAACAAGAAGCGUCCUAAAGAACAUCAGAUGCGAUAAGAAUUUUUCUUCAUUGUGGCGUCUGAUUCAAGAAUCAGAAUGUCAUCCUCUGGUUUGUAAAAUAGUUUCUGAAUCAAUUUCUGAAAAUGUUUUUUGGAAACUAGAAGGAGAGGAACUUUGUGAUCCUUCAAACCCAACCUUUCAAUUGUUGAAGCACACUGAUUUUACUCCAAAGGUAGUUGCGGUCCGAAUCAUUAACAGCACUGAAGGAAUACUGGUAAAGAGAGAAAAUAAUCUUACAAUAAGACCUUAUGAAAAUUUAGUUCCUGUAUUGCAGUACAUUGGAAAGAAGCCCAAGGCUGACCUCAUCUUGAGAGCUGAUCAACAUUUUUAUAACUGGGGCAAUCGGGAAACAACAGAUCAAUUGCUGGAUGCACUAGCUCCAGAGGCUAAUUUAACAACCUUUAUGGGACAUUUGGGUUUAAGUGGAGCUAAAUCUAUCAUGUCAUUUGGAUCAUUAACGACUUUAAACAUUCGGAUCUCAAGUGCAGAAGCCCUGUAUGCACUUAGUGAGUCAGUAAAUGCUUUUGUCACAAAAUUGGGCAUAGCUAUGAAUUUGCGACUGGAUAUAACUAGUGAGGUAUUGCCAUCAUCUCUUCCGAAGUUCUGCAGCCCUUUUGCCUUCAGUAUCAGUCUGUUUGACAUUAAUGAUGGAAAUGCAUCAUGGGCCACUGAAGUACUAGUUCAUCUAAGUAAACAAUACUCAAGAAUCGAACUUUUGUCUCCAAAUCUCUCUAGUGAUGCAUGUAAAAGAAUUUUGUGCAGCUUAACUGCUGAAGGAGUUAAUGUAAAAGGGAAAAUUGUGAUACCUCUGUUUUGCAAAUUUAGUGAGGAAGCAAGAAGAGAAUUGCAAAGUUGUGUUGAAUGUCAGUUAGAUCUAUGGUAAUACCAUUUUGCUGAAGUCUGAAUGUACUUAUUUGUCAAUUUUCAGUUAACAUGUUUGGCUAUAUCAGUUGUGGUUAUUUGUUUCAUGCAAGUUCUUAGUUACUCAGGGAGCUUCGGCCAUUUUUAAGAAGAAUGCGGCUGAAAUGAAGUGAUUUCUAUAUUGCCAAUACAGUUUAGAUAUAGUUAUGAUAUAUGUCUGUUGCAGUUUCAGCUGAAGACUCAAGUUAGUUGUGUGAAUAAUGCAUCUUAAACUAAUCACAAAUCUCCCCUACUUAAAGGAUGUAGUCCAUUCUGAGUACAGGCCGAUACACUUUAUGAUGUUAAGGGUACCUUUUACUGUCUUGUGAAAAAUGCAUUUUUUAAAACUAUAGCCACAAUUUUUGACAUUGUCAAUGUAAUGAUGUUUGAAUAUGCAUUAUUUAUUUUAAGAUGUACAAAUUGUUUAUAUAUAUAUAUAUAUAUAUAUAUAUAUAUAUAUAUAUAUAUAUUUAUAUAUAAUAAAAGCCUCAUAUUAGAUUAAUAAAAGUUCCUUAAUAUUUGAUUAAUAUUUUUCUCAAUGUUUUAAAAGUAUAAGUUGGUUCCAAUAACAAUUUUUAAAGAUAAAUAAUCCGCAAAGUAACAAAGACCCUAGAAUACAGCCUACACUUACACCCAAGCUUUUCUACUCUAAUGUCCAUAAUUACCUCACAGUACUCCAUUACCCAGUCGGUGGGUAAAACUUGAGUUUAUGUUGCACAGUCUACCUAUAUCUCGAAGGGGAUAGUUUGCAGAACGACAGGAAAAACUCCAAACCAGGGUUGCCAGAUUAUUUUGGGAAAAGUAGCCUAUACUAGCUUCAAAAGAAGCGGAUCUGAAAUGAAAAGUAGCCCAAUGACGAAGUUUAUAACAGUAAAAUUUAUCAAACCAGUCAUAUAUAGACAUAUACCG